UGUGGUUCUGCAUCCAGACGUUUGCCGUGUCCGUACAGGACGGCACGCAGAACGAGACGCUGGUGGCCAACUGGUCGGCCACAGCUGCAGCCUCGCCACGGCAGAGCAGCAACGCGUACGUGUUUGUGGACAUUCCCGAGGGGCUCAACGUAGACAGCAGCAAGCAGUACGCCGUGUCGCACGACGCCAUGGCGGCGCUGCGCGGGUUCAUGGCGGCGGUGACGUCGGGCACCGUCAGCACGGAUGCCAACACCGUCGAGUCGUCGUCGGACUGGGUCGAGGCCAUGUGGAGCGCGUCGACGUCGGGCGUCGGGCUGGCGGACUGGAUCGCCUCGUUUGCGCGCAGCAUGACGGCCGAGGUGCGCCGCAACGGACGGAACGCUGUCUCUUCGACAUCAGCCAACAGCAGUACAGAGUCGAAAAUAAAAACAUACGAGGGCUCGGCGGUCCAGCUCACGCCCUUCGUCGCCGUCCACUGGCUGUGGAUGCUGUACCCGGGGGCGCUGAUCAUGCUGGCCGUGUACUUUCUGCUGCACACCAUGGCGGCCAGCGCGCGCGACCGCGUGUCGGUCUGGAAGGGCGGCGCCCUGCCCAUGCUCUUCUGCCGCGUCGACGACAACAUUCACCGCCACGUCGGCGACGGCAUGGACGUGCCCGACGGCCUCGACGAGCGUGUCGGCCAUAUUCGCGUCGCCAUGUAUCGCUGUGAGAAUGGCCAGUGGGGGUUCAGGACGGCGAAGGCUGUCGGGGGUGGCCAUUAGUG